GGGAGUGUGUGGCACCAGCGGGCUGCGGAGACUUGCAAUAAUCCAGAAUGGCCACUCUGAUCUUUGUUGAUAAGGAAAACAGAGAACCUGGCACCCUCGUGGCUCCUAAGGAUGGGCUGAAGCUGGGGUCUGGGCCUUCGAAAGCGUUAGAGGGGAGAGCGCAGGUUUCAGCGCCGCUUGUUAGCAAAAGGUUUGAUGGUCCACCAGCCUUACCGAAAGCUGCCAGAAAGGCCUUGGGAACUGUCAACAGAGCUAUAGAAAAGUCCGUGAAGACGAAUGGACCCCUCGAACAAAAACAGUCCAGCGCUGCCAAAAAGAUAACUGAGAAGAAUGUUAAAGCAAAAAACUCUGUUCCUGCCUCAGAUGACACCUAUCCAGAAAUAGAAAAAUUUUUUCCCUUCAAUCCUCUAGAUUUUGAGAGCUUUGACCUGCCUGAAGAGCACCAGGUCGCACACCUGCCCUUGAACGGAGUGCCUCUCAUGAUCCUCGACGAGCAGAGAGAGCUUGAGAAGCUGUUGCAGCUGGGCCCCCCUACGCCAGUGAAGAUGGCUUCUACUCCAUGGGAGGCUGGUCCGUUGCCAUCUCCUUCAAGCAUCCUGUCGGCCCUGGAUGUUGACCUGCCACCUGUGUGUUACGAUAUGGAUAUUUAAAUUUCUUACUGCUUGGUAGUCUGCGUUUGUGUUAAUAAAGCAUUUCUUUCAUGGAAAAAAAAAAAAAAAGAAAUACCAAGGAGG